AUGACAUUAUUAAAUGAUAUAACAUACAAAGUGAUUGACUGCAGCAAUUUGUGCUCAGUUCGAACCUUGAUCGAAGAACAUUACACGCCACAUAUCCCGCUGGGAAGGUAUUUGAAAUGUACUAAAGAAGAUUGGAUACCGACAUAUUAUACUCUAAUAGAGCCUUUUUUAAGUCGAGGAAAUUCAAUCGGAGCUUUUUAUGGUAAAGAUGAUGAUUUGUGUGGAGUAGCUAUUAACGUAAAACCUAAUCGUACUGAUGAGAUGAAAUACUUGAACACGCUUCAUUUAAACGAAAAGUAUGCAGCUGUUUAUCGACUCAUGUCAUCGAUGAGCGGUAAUGACAUGCCAAAUACUCUUGGAACUGACUGCUACUGGGAAAUAAAAAUGGUAACUGUGCAUCCGAAAUACAGAGGAAGAGGUUUGAUGACUGAACUUGUCAAAAGGUCCACAAUCUUGGCCAAACAAAGAGGAAUAGAAAAACUGGUGAUGUUUCAAACAUACGACCAAAGCUUGAAGUCUCCGGAAAAAAUGGAUGGCUUUGAAAUUAUCAAACAGUUGGAUUUGAGAGAAUACGUUGAUUCAGUCACGGGCAAGAAAGAAUUUUCAGGAAUGAAGCCACCAUACCACUUACAAGUCAUUAUUGUCAAAAAAGUAAGCUAGAGUAUACAAAGAGAAAUUACGGAUGGCAAGCAUUGUUGAAAGUACAGAUUUGUUAAUCUUUUAAAAAAAUGUGGAUGCAUGGAACAGGGUUAUCCAAAACUACUGAAUAUUGGAAUAUCAAAGAAUUCGAAUACUCAUUUAGCUUAUUUUCGAAUAAUGGUCCC